AGCUGUCUGCGAACACUGAGCUGCCUGGCGCCGUCUUGAUACUUUCAGAAAGAAUGCAUUCCCUGUAAAAAAAAAAAAAAUACUGAGAGAGGGAGAGAGAGAGAGAGAGACACAGAGGGGAAGAGAGAGGGACCGGGAGCGCGCGCGACGGAGCGAGCCACGCAGCCUGCCCGAGCCGUUUCUGCUCUCCCAGGGCACACGCCUCCUCCUCCUCCUCCUCUCCGCUCCUCGCCACCCAGGUGAGCCUCGGAGAGCCUCGGCCUCGCAGCCGCCGAGGAAGCGCCGGCCCCGCGGAGCCUCGCUCAGCUCUGCAGAGCUCCAGCCGCCUUCGCCUGCCCCUCGCCCCCCGCUUUACAGUUUGGUCUCCUUUUUAUCCUUCCCUACCUGCGCUUUUUAUUUUAUUUUUAUUGUCUGGCAUUUCUUUUUUCUUCCUCCUCUCCCCUUGGCCACAUUACCACUUCAAGACUUUAUCUGAUUUUGUAAACUUCUCGGCUCACCUUUCCUUCCCAGCUUUCCCAUUGCCCCACUGAGACCAAAUCAUUAAACGACCCCCCGCGCCCCUCCGACGGCAGCGGCACCUGCGGAGCCUCGGAGCCCCCCCCCCGCCCCCACCGCCUCCCGCGACCUCCCAGCCCGACCGCCCUCCCUCUCCGCGCGCGGGUUCCGGGCCCGGCGAGAGGGCGCGAGCGCAGCCGGGGCCAUGGAGGUGACGGCGGACCAGCCGCGCUGGGUGAGCCACCACCACCCCGCGGUCCUCAACGGCCAGCACCCGGACGCGCACCACCCGGGCCUGGGCCACUCCUACAUGGACGCGGCGCAGUACCCCCUGACCGACGAGGUGGAUGUACUUUUUAACAUCGACGGUCAAGGCAACCACGUCCCUUCCUACUACGGAAACUCCGUGAGGGCCACGGUGCAGAGGUACCCUCCGACCCACCACGGGGGCCAGGUGUGCCGUCCGCCCCUGCUGCACGGAUCCCUGCCCUGGCUGGAUGGCGGCAAAGCCCUGGGCAGCCACCACACCGCGUCGCCCUGGAACCUCAGCCCCUUCUCCAAGACGUCCAUCCACCAUGGCUCCCCGGGGCCCCUCUCCGUCUACCCGCCGGCCUCGUCUUCCUCGCUGUCGGCGGGCCACUCCAGCCCGCACCUCUUCACCUUCCCGCCCACCCCGCCGAAGGACGUCUCCCCGGACCCGUCCCUGUCCACGCCGGGCUCGGCCGGCUCGGCCCGGCAGGAGGAGAAGGAGUGUAUCAAGUACCAGGUGCCGCUGCCCGACAGCAUGAAGCUCGAGUCCACGCACUCGCGGGGCAGCAUGGCCACGCUGGGAGGGGCGGCCUCGACGGCGCACCACCCCAUCACCACCUACCCGCCCUACGUCCCCGAAUACAGCUCCGGACUCUUCCCGCCCAGCAGCCUGCUGGGGGGCUCCCCCACCGGCUUCGGAUGUAAGUCGAGGCCCAAGGCGCGAUCCAGCACAGAAGGCAGGGAGUGCGUGAACUGUGGGGCCACCUCCACCCCGCUGUGGCGACGUGACGGCACCGGGCACUACCUGUGCAACGCCUGCGGGCUCUACCACAAAAUGAACGGACAGAACCGACCGCUCAUCAAACCCAAGCGGAGGCUGUCGGCAGCGAGAAGGGCAGGAACGUCCUGUGCGAACUGUCAGACCACCACUACCACUCUCUGGAGAAGAAACGCCAACGGAGACCCUGUGUGCAACGCCUGCGGGCUGUACUACAAGCUGCACAAUAUUAACAGACCCCUGACUAUGAAGAAGGAAGGCAUCCAAACCAGAAACCGGAAAAUGUCUAGCAAAUCCAAAAAGUGCAAAAAGGUGCACGACACGUUGGAGGACUUCCCCAAGAGCAGCUCGUUCAACCCGGCCGCCCUGUCCAGACACAUGUCCUCCCUCAGCCACAUCUCCCCCUUCAGCCACUCCAGCCACAUGCUGACCACCCCGACACCCAUGCACCCGCCGUCCAGCCUCUCCUUCGGACCUCACCACCCGUCCAGUAUGGUCACCGCCAUGGGUUAGAGUCCCUGCUCGAUGCGUCAAGGCCUCCGGGCGAGAGUCCCUCCAGCCCCUUCUACGUGCAUUUUUCCAGGAGCAGAAUCAUGAAGCCGAAACCCGAUGGAUAUACGUUUUCUUGAAGGCAGAAAGCAAAAGGACGCUUGCCACUUUCGCAGAGGCGCUCGCUGUGGUGUCUGUGUUCUCGGUCGCUGAAUCUGGAUCCCAUUUGUGAAUAAGCCAUUCAGACUCAUCUUCCCUAUUUAACAGGGUCUCUCUAGUGCUGUGAAAACAAACGAGCAAGCAAGCAACCGUGCUGAACGUUGCGUAUAACUUAUAUUGUGAGAAAUACCGUACAUUUGAAGAAGACUUUAUUGCAUCCGGGUAGCUGUAAGAAAGGCAUGAAGGACGCUGAGAAUUUUAAGGAAUAUGGGGGCAAUCGAGUGUGGAAAUGGAGAAGAAACUAGGUCUGCUAUUCAAAUGGACCAACGGCCCGUGCCGUUCUCUUUCACUGGCCAUAGUUGUUUGAUGCAUUAAAAGAAAAACAAAAAACAAAAACAAAAAAAAAAAAAGGAAAAAAACAAAAAAACAACAAAAAAAAGAAAAAAGUCGUAGGCAAAUCAUUUGUUCAGAGCCGUGGGCCUCUCUGUCCAGGAGAGUCUCUGAGCCCCGGGCAGUCCGUGUCACCGCUCACACGAUGCCGUGAGAGGGGCUCGGGAAGCCUUCUCCGGGCCCACACGCUUUGCGAACGAGUCCCUUGUAAUUGUUGUUUGUAUGUAUAAUUCAGAGCACCAAAAUAAGAAAAGAUGUAGAUUUAUUUCAUCAUAUUAUACAGACUGAAUUGUUGUACAAAUUUAUUUACUGCUAGUGUUAAGAACUACUCUUUGUUUUAAUAUUUUCCUUCUUUCUCAAGUUUUUUUUUUUGGUUGAAUAAACUAGACAACAUUCAGUUGACCUAAGGUGGUUGUGCUCCAGAAGGUAUAUUUUCCAUUUUGUUUCUCAAUGAUAUUUAUUAAAUAGCUUCUAAGGGUACAGUAGCAUCUACCCUCCCUCCCGCACCCCGCAGCCUGUGCUAUGAGGGUAGCAGUGUACGAGCUACCGACGUGCAUGUCAGCGACUUGGGCUGGACAGACCGGGCCCCGAGAGCUCCCUGCCUGACACUUAGCGCCCUGUCGUGUUCUGUGUUAGUGACCGCUGCCUUCCAUCCGGCCUGUUGGAGUAAUACUAUAAGAAUACACAAUCAAGUGAAAAUAUUUUGAAAGCACCCAAAUAACAUCGUAACAAAGUGAUGGCUGAGCUCUUCUAGAACCUGGUAGCUCUCGCUCAUUGAAACACAAAACCCAAUCCUGUUAAGUUAUUUGCUAGGAGAUUGUGCAAACCUCAGAGAGUCACCAGGUCUCCUUUUGGGAGACUGGGCAUCUCUGGAGCUCUCUCUGCAGCCCAGAGGCUGUCUCUGGGUGUGGUGGGGGGCUGGAGUGCCUUCUCUGUCCCCUCCUGCUGGCCCGCAGGGGGAGCGGUGGGAAGAUUAACUCGUGGAGACGCACCAGUGGACUAGAGCUGACGGAUUCCUCCCGCUUCUCCGCAAGACGUGAAGGCGCGGGGCUGGUGCUUGCGUUCAUCUCUGUUUUCCUUUCCUGCUGUUGAAUUGAAUUAACGCCACAGUGGAGGGUUUGUUGGCAUGUUUGCGGAACACGAAAAUAACCGUUUUUUGUAACUUACGCUGUAUAGUUUCCUUUUACUCUGUUGGCAGAAUGUGUAACCAUGGCACACAUUUUAAAAUCUCUGUUAAUCGCCUCUCUGCUUUCUUAGCAAAUAUUUUAAACCUAAGGCUAAAUGUUGAAAUAAAGGAGUUAGAGACCUACUGA